CUUCUUAAUCAUGAAUCUAAUCUAACCAUUCACCAUUAUUUGUAUCCAUCGAGAAAAGUAAACUCCAUCAACUGACCCACCGGCACCGCCGCGAUUCACUAAUCGCCACCGUCCCCAUGGAUCUUUCUACUGCCGCUACCACCGCCGUUGACCCCGAACCCGACGACCGCCACCUCCCCCUCCACAACCUCUCCAACCUCCACUCACGCCUCUCCACCAUUCGCCACAUCCUCUCCACUUCCCUCACCACCAACACCCUCAUCUCCACCGCUCAGAUGUCUACCAUCUCCUCCGAGAUCACCGCCGCCAUCACCGGCGCCAUCGUCAACGCCACCGCCCUAAUCUCCGCUACCACAAACUCAACCCAAUCGGAUCUCAAUCUCACCAAUUCCACCCCUUUCACUGACCUAGGGUUUCAUAACGUUGACCUAGGGUUUCAGUUUCCGAAAACAGAGGCAAUUGAACAACAAAUUGAACAACAAACUGAACAACAAAUCGAACAACAAACUGAACAAGAUGAUCAUCUGGAUAUUGUGGAGCUUGAUGCCGUUGAAUUACUAGCCGAACACUUACAUUUCUGUGAGUUUUGUGGUAAGGGUUUCAAACGAGAUGCGAAUUUGCGAAUGCAUAUGCGAGCACACGGUAACCGGUUUAAGACGCUUGAGGCGUUAUCAAAACCGGAGAAAUCGGUUAUCGAUUCUUCGGAGUCGAACGGAGCGAAAACGAGGCGGUUUUCGUGUCCGUUUGCGGGGUGUAGUAGGAAUAAGUUGCAUAAGAAGUUUAGGCCGUUGAAGAGUGUGAUUUGUGUUAAGAAUCAUUUUAAGCGUAGUCAUUGUCCGAAAAUGUAUUCGUGUAAUCGUUGUCACAAGAAGAAUUUUUCGGUUUUGGCGGAUUUGAAGAGUCAUUUGAAGCAUUGUGGGGAGACGAAAUGGAAGUGUUCGUGUGGAACGAGUUUUUCGAGGAAGGAUAAGUUGUUUGGGCAUAUCGCGUUGUUCGAAGGACACAUGCCCGCAAUGCCGGUGGCUGCUGACGUGGUGGUGGAGGACGGUGGGAAGACAAAAGCGGUGAUGCCACCGCCGCAGCAGCAGCCGCCAACAAUUGUAGACAAUGUGGAUUGGGUUGAUAACGGGAUGAUGUUUGAUGGGUUAGGUUCGAUUAUUGACGAUGAUUUUUGCUUGCAGGAUAUACUUGGAACGGGUUCGAUGGAUUGGAACUUGUAGGCACUUGAAGGUAUAUAUAUAUAUAUAUAUAGUUAUAUUUAUAAUGGUUUAUGGUACAUGUAUCAGUACUGUGACUUUUUGUUCUGCUGAUGUUUGAAUUGUAGUGUAUAAGUUGGAAUAAAGUUAGGUUCUUUAUGAUGCCUUUUGUUGUAUACUCUAUUAAAUUGGUGUAUAAUCUUUUGUGUUAAUGAUAAGAUUAAUGUUA